AUGCCACUGGCCAAGGUUGCAAAGCUGGUAGUUGCCCCUGUAACCUUCGGAUCCAAUCGCGCUGCCGAUAGCUCGUCAGGAUGGAUCAAAGCGACCAACGCCACAAACACCGAUCUGAGCCCGCAAGGGAAACGGAGUCGUCAAUGGAUCUCAAAGCUACUCGAGCAGACACUUCGGAACCAAGUCGUCAGCGCAGGAUCCAUCUUCCCUGCAAAGGUCAAAGGCCAACAACGGUUCUUUAGAGUCGAGGAGGUGCAGUUCACUCAGGAGACAGAGCAUUUUCAGGCCACCAGAAGUGUCAUGGUUAAGGAGAGUACUGUCGAGAUUGCCCAGGAGUCACCAGUUUGUACCAACAAGGAGCAGACUGCACAUGGAGGCAUGGAUGAUCUUGUCAAGGAGAUCUGUCAUUUUAUUGGUAUGGAUUCCUCAGGAUGUGGACACUCGUGUUUUAGGUUCGAAAGGGUACGACUCACAAGAUAG